UUUUUGGCCCAGCUGCUUGUUCUACAUGUUGACCAUGGUACCGAUUGUGUGGAUACUUGAGACGGAUCUACACAAGACGAGGUCUCUAGCUGCCGCGGGCACCACACAGGCUCCGUCCAGUGUUACAGCGCAGCCACAGACGACAGACACCAAGGGAUCGUGUAUCCCAAUGGACGCGAACACCAUGGCGCGCAAGCUUUGCGAGCUGGGGCUCAUUAUCAUGAUCAUCCUCGGCCGAUGGCUUCUUCCACGUGGUGAGAUAACACGUGACCAGCUCUCAGCGCUGUUGCUAGGCUACGUGGGUACGGCCGCUGACAUCCUCGAGCUGUUUGAAGUGUUUGAGGAGCCCCAGGUCGGCAGCGAGCUGCAAAUCACGACAGCAGUGCUCGGGGUGUAUUCAUGGAGCUUAUUGCAAUUCACCCUGGUUACCACGGCAACCACGGGGAAGGACAACAAAAUCCGGAUUGCUUCAAACAAGGUGGAUGCCGAAAAAGUAGAUAAGGCCAUUGAUCGAAAGAUCAGCCUCCACAAACACAGCAACUAUAAUAACGAAGACGAACUCAAAGAGAAGUACAUUCAGCGAUUGCGCAUCAAGCGCCGCCAGACCGAGAAAGAUUUGACACGCGGCAAAGGCUUCAAGGGUGUGCGCGCGCGUAAGGUGAACCCCAUUACGCAUGCGCGCGGUGAGGUGAAGGAGAUAUCACGUAGGGAAAUGUUACUACACGGAGACAUCUUUGGUAUUUUGACGGGUAUUUUCAUGCAGGACGGACCUUUCCUCGUGCUGCGGCUUGUGUUGAUCAUCAAAUAUAACCUCUAUAGUGAAAUGCAUCUGUUUUUCACGUGUAAGAAUGCCAUUGCGCUGUCCCUACUCAUGUACAGGCUGUGCAUUCUCACGUGCAGUGGCGAGGACGAGGAGUUUGACGAGAAUAGAGAGCGCGAGUCGAGACUGCAGAACGUCCAGCAAGCAGUUCAUAGUGAUCAGUUCAAGGCCUCUGGUGCUAUUCAAUUAGCCGGCUGAGUGAGAUCCCUGUGGAGGCCAGGCAGCAGGGCAGGGCAGGUAUUAUGGAAUACCUUUGGAGGCCAGGCUAAACAACGAUUUAACGUGUAGCAAGCAGUGGAAAGCCUGGGUAUGGGGAUUAAUUGUGUACAAACAAAGCGACGAGCUAAUAUUUAUUUGGACUCAUUUGAAAGGCUCACAUUUCGCGUUGGUGGGAUACCGUGGUGGUUUCACCAAUUUGGUACAUCAGUCAAUGUCAUCACUGACUAAUGUUCAUAAAACAUUUUUAAAGAUUUUAAUACGCUUUCAUAGAAGAGAUGACGAAAUAUUUAUUACUCCUAAGGCUUAAAGCCGUGCAUCGAGCUCUAUUCAUUUCAUUCGUACGUUCAUCCGCUAGAACCCGUUUAAAAACUGUUGUGGAAAUGGCAAGUCGUCCAUGCCCAUUUUCCGAAUUUAACUCUCGCCGCUCUGACUGCCAAUCGGGAUGCGAGGAACCUAAGUUUGAUUGAGACAAAUAUAACAUAGCCAAUAAGCGUGUCAAUCAAAAGAGUGCGAUUCGCGCAUCCGAACGGUUGUAUUAGCCGCAGCCAUGUUUGUAGAUAUGUAAAAAUACACUAACUUAUUUUUGUAGGCAAGGAAUAUUUUCCAAAAAUGAAAUAAAUGAUGAUUUUCUAGAAACUCUGAA